AUGGAUAUAGUCGAUAAAUAAGACGAUCAAGUUAGUAACCACUCAGAAAAUUUACCUGAGAAGCCUUUAAUCAACAGAGAAAUCAAGCACGAGAUCCAAAUCUUCAAUGACCUUGAUGCUUCAGAUAUUAGAAUGGAACAGCUCAAUUUUCUAUUAUCGAAUAGAUCCUAGUCUAUUAGUGCUUCUAAUUCACAGUAUGGAGGAAGUAAAAAAGGCAAAACUUAAAACAUCACUGCUCAUUUGAAAUUUCCGAUUGGUGGAACUGCUCCUUAACCAGUAUAGUCGAGGACAUCUAAAGGCAACUAACUGGAUAAGCUUGUUACUUAUAUUGGAACUCAAAAAUUAUCUUUUAACAAUAGACGUGGCAGAGACCCACUAAACAAGACGUAACCGAUAGAUUAGAGAUUUAAAGAAACUGACUAUAAUACGAAUAAAGAUGAGCUCAGUCAGAGCAACAUUCCUAUUACAGAGGGCGAUUAGACUUCAGAACAAAGAAAAAACAGUUACUACAGUCCAAAUCUAAAGUUCAAAAGAAUGAGAGGACAGAGAAGAUCAACUAAUGACGAUCUACAAAUGAACACUACUAUGAGAUCUUCAAUGGUCUCUAAAACGCUAAACUGCUCCAAGACUAACUUGGUAGAUUAUCCUCACUAAAGUAAAAUAUUCCAACACUAUAAUCCUGUUGGUCCAGCUGACUAUACACUGCCAAAACUAUUUACAGAUGGCAAGCACACCAUUGUCGACUCAAAAAUCAAGAAUAAGCCUAGUUAUUCAUUCGGGCAGAAACACUCAGUGAAUGCAAUUAUCUCAAGUUAGCACAAGUAAGAAUUGCUUGGAAAAGACUCUCCAGGAGUAGGAUUUUAUGAAUCUAAAGACAUACGAACUAUUAAUGAGUCUUCUUUGAAAAACUACGAACAAUAUCAAUCAACCUCUCAGUAAAAGAACGAUUUAAGUCAGUCUCCUAGUAGACUGGGGCAUAAAUAGAUUCUUUCAUAGUUUGGUUCUAGCGAGAGGUUCUUCUUAUUUGAGAAUCAAAGAAAGCUAUGGGAGUAAGUCCCUAUCCAAUACGACUAGAAUUAGAACUCAGGUCUUCUUCAAAAAUCCUUCGUAAAUGAAAAAAUGCAUGAGUUUAUUGCUGAUAAAAAUCAUCCAGACUAUGGUCCACAGCAUAGAAAAACUAAAAUAUUUGGAGUUGUCCUAGAGAAAUUUGACAAUGAGGUGGGACCAGGUACUUACGAGAUAUAGACUAAGUAUUCAGACUUCAAUAAGUAAAAUACUUCAGGUGUUUAUCACAAGAAGUCAAAGUCAAUAUUUAACAAAGAUUUGACUUAGGUUUUAAAUCCAAUUCCAGAUAGAUUUGAACAUACUAAGAGAGUUUUUUGCAGAGAGUGGAAAGUAGAUCAUAUCAAUAAGGAAUCACAGGGUCCAGGCAUUUAUGACAUCAUUAAUGUUAAAAUCUAAAAGCCAGCAGACUUUUCCUUCCCCAAACUAGAUAGAGGACUAUUGACACUUACUAAGAAUAAUUCACCAAGUCCUACAUCCUAUAAUGCUGUUGAUUUGGACUGGGCUAAUGAUUAGUUUGCUGUCUCCAAUGGAAUACAGACUUAUAAAUUAAAAGAUAACACUAAUAGCGUUAAUGUAAACACCAAUACAAGUGGAUUUAACAAUACAGUAGCUGAAAAUGAUCUUUCAAUUUAAAAGGCAUGA